UUCUACCGUUCGCAGGCACUGGUUGCUCCGUUUCCACGCCAUCCAGCGUCCAGCAUCCAUCCGGCCAUCGCAACCCAGCAAAUACCACCCACCGUCGAAGGGAGAGCAGCUCUGAGUGGAGCGUUGCCUGGUCGAGGAUUUCACUUUCGCUUUCUGAACCAGUUGGCCAGUUGCCCGAAGCAACCGGGCGUCUUCUCCACUUACAUCACAGAGCUCGGGCGCUUUCGAUUCGCAUAUCCUUGGACUUGCAUCCUGGCUUGGAAACUACGGUCUACGAUCUGGAAAACUGCAACUUUGGAUUAUUAUCCCUGAAAUCUUGGAGUUUGGAUUUCUUACUAUAGGAUUUUUAUCUUCGAAGCUGCUCAUUUGAAUACGGAAACUCUGAUUAUGAUAUGGUUAUAUCUUUGGAUUAAAACUAUCCUGGAACGUUGGAACUUUUGACUCCGAUAUAUAUUACUAGAUUCUUAUUAUUGGAACUUUUAAAACAUCAUUAAACUCUGAACUUAGUUCCUGAAUUUAAUAAUGAAAAGUCUUUGUUAAAAGAAAGGAUCAAUACCAACGAAAGAAUUUCUAACUAAAAGGUCAUCUUUGAAUGAGUUAUAAAGGAAAUUUUUUAUUAGGGCUUGAAUCAUUAUCAUAAAAACAUAGUUAUUGGGGUUCCCAAAAACCUUCAAUCGUAAAAGGCGAAAAUGUAUUGGCUGGCAUAUUCAAGCGAGAUCCAUUUAAGACACCUCCCGCUCAAUGUGGACGAAAUGAUAUACGGAAUCAUCUGAGAACCGCUGCCACCUCCACCCGGACUAGGGACAACCCAUUUCAGCAGCCUACGCUCCACUUCCGGCCAAACGAAUGCAUUCGCGGUACGGCUUUGACUGCCAGACGCGCCACCACCAUCACCACCAACAGCAGCAGCUCCAGCACCACCACCAGCAGCAGCAUCAGCAGCACCACCACCUCCACCACCCAGCGCCAUCCUGCACCCUCCCGCUGCAGUCGCCGCCAACGCCGCCAGUGAUCAGCCCCACCACCGCUGCGGCCGUGGCCUACUCAAACCUCCUGGAGAAGUGCCGCUGCAAGCAAUCCGUGGCCACCAGUUCCGCUCCAGCACCACCACCCGCCCAGCUCCAGCUGCAGCUGCACCACCACCAUCACCACCACCACCACCAGACCUUUGUGGCCAGCGCCAGUGCAACCAGCUACAGCAACUGCUCGGGGCUUGGCUUGGGCUCGAGAUCGGGAUCGGGAAGUGGCAGUGGAUCUGUCGGAGCAGGUGCAGCCUCGUCGUCGGCGAACUCCUCUUGUGCCGCCGCCAGUAACCUCUCGGGUGGAUCCUCCAGCACCACCAUGUACCACCAUCACCAUCGACGCCACAACAACUUGUCCUACUGCGGUGUUUCGGGCCAGGAGCAGAACUACCAAGUGCAAUAUGUGGACUCGGAGCUGUACCACAGCAACUCCAGCCAGACGCAAAUGACCUAUCCGUUCUGCCCGGUGGGCGAUUACCAGGGCAACGGCCAGACGGCCUACUACUCGACCACGGGUCAGUACGGAGCCACCUCGUCGGCCGGCGGCUCCUCGAACGGAGCCCACUCCACGACGCUGCCGUACCUGGUGCCCGUGGAGGAAGGCAUCCUGCUCAACGGCUCCGCACACUCGCUGUCGCAGUCACAGUCGCAGGCGCACGGACGCGAUUCGCCGCACAGCCUGACGGUGAGUAGCAGGGAUUGGGAGCGGGAUGCGGACCGGGUGAACGGAACUAAUCGCCACUGGGUGCAGGAGGUCGCGUACAUCCAGGAGGCGCAGAGCACGCCCCAGACGCCCACCUCGACGACCACGACCCACUCGGCCAGCGGCGGCAGCCUGGGGACGGGCGGCGGAGGCGCCUCCCCGGACUCCGACCAGAGUGCGCUCGGCAGCAGCAACAAGAUUGCCUCGGCAACGAUCAAGUGGCUGUCGCGCAACUAUGAGACGGCGGACGGGGUGAGCCUGCCCAGGAGCACGCUGUACAACCAUUACAUGCAGCACUGCAGCGAGCACAAGCUGGAGCCCGUGAAUGCGGCCAGCUUCGGCAAGCUGAUACGUUCCGUGUUCUCCGGACUGCGCACACGUCGCCUGGGCACGCGCGGCAACUCCAAGUACCACUAUUAUGGCAUCCGUAUCAAGCCCGGCUCGCUGCUGAACAGCCAGUCGAUGGACGACAAGCAGAUGCUGGCCGCCGGCUACGGUGGCCCCGCAGAUGGAUCCGGAGCCGGCGGACCCGGCGGUGGGCCCAUGGUCAGCGUGACCAGCAGCACGGCCGGGCAGUUGGGCGGCUCGAAUGGACUGGGCGGUGGCCAGGGACAGCGGCACGGCGGCGGCAGCAAGAAGCACACCUUCAAGCCGGAGACCUACGAGGCCUGCAUUCAGUACAUUGGUGAUGGUACCAGUGCCCUGCCCUCGUUUCCGACCAUCGAGCUGAACCACAGUUUCAACAGCGAACUGACCCUGGAGGACGUGGACACAUUCCGGGCCCUGUACCGCGAGCACUGCGAGUCCUUCCUGGACGCCGUGCUCAACCUGGAGUUCAACACCGUGGAGUUCCUGCUCCGCGACUUCUGGCGGGCCAGCGACAACAACAACCUGGACGAGUGCGAGGAGGAGAAGUACUUGAGCAAGACGAAGCUGUAUCUGUUGUGCCACUGCGCAGAAGUGCAGAAGUUCGUGCGAGAGGUGGACUAUCAGUUCUACCAGAACACCGUUGAUGUCAUCAUACCGGACGUGCUCCGCUCCAUUCCGAACGCCCUGACCCAGGCCAUCCGUAACUUCGCCAAGAACCUGGAGAUCUGGCUGUGCGAGAGCAUGCUGGGCGUGCCGGAGCAGCUGGCCCAGAUCAAGACCAGCGCCGUCUCGGCCUUCUGCCAAACGCUGCGGCGCUACACAUCGCUGAAUCACCUGGCCCAGGCCGCUCGAGCCGUGCUCCAGAAUGGUGCCCAGAUCUCCCAGAUGCUCAGCGAUCUCAAUCGCGUGGAUUUCCACAAUGUUCAGGAACAAGCCGCCUGGGUGAGCCAGUGUGCCCCCGCCGUGGUGCAGCGUCUAGAGAGCGACUUCAAGGCGGCGCUGCAGCAGCAGAGCUCCCUGGAGCAGUGGGCCAGCUGGCUGCAACUGGUGGUGGAGUCCGCCAUGGAGGAGUACAACGGCAAGCCCACCUAUGCCAGGGCAGCCCGUCAGUUCCUGCUCAAGUGGAGCUUCUACAGCUCGAUGAUCAUCCGGGACCUGACCCUGCGAUCCGCCUCCAGCUUCGGCAGCUUCCAUCUCAUCCGCCUGCUUUUCGAUGAGUACAUGUUCUACCUGGUGGAGCACAAGAUAGCCGAGGCCCAGGACAAAACAGCCAUUGCGGUUAUCUGUGAAAGGAUGAAAAAGGACAUGGACUUUGAGUUCGAGUGCCAGUUCGCCUACAUCACCAGCGACACGGAGCAGCAGACGACGCCCAGCUCGGCCAGCAGUGGCGGCGACGUGGGCAACGAGGCCAAGCGACUGAAGCAGGAAUGAGGCCCCGAGACUCGGAGGUGGCUGCGGCUGCAGUGGCUGGCACUGAGCGGAGUAUUCGUAGUGUAUAUGUAACCAGUAAUCAGUCGUUGUCCCCAUCAGUGUGCACCCCAGCCCCUGUCGUCACCAGUCGUUCAGCUCUGCAUUUACUAGUGGAUCCGUGUUGUGUAUCCGUAAUCCGUACCGUAUCCGUGUGCUAGUUUUAGCCCUAAGUUCGCGCACAAGCAGCGUAUACAGUCGAAAUUUUAGUGGUUAGUUUUAGGCAGGUUCCGAACUCACAUGCAGUGAAGGCUUUCUUGGACGGUAGAUUCUAUUUUUUUUAUUUUUCGUAGCUCACAUGCAUGUUCUGAUAUCUAAAGAGUCAUACGUACGUUGCUUAAAUAUAUUCUCCAGAUGAGUUUAUUAGGAAUAAAUAACUUGAGAUUAUUUUCAUUUGUAUCCUACAUACAACAACCAUUUUCAAGAUCCCCUACUGACCGCCCAAGAAAGCCCUCACUGGGACCUUUCGAGUAUUGGACUGCCCCCGCAUCGAAGUGAAGAGCCGUCCAGAAAGCAAGCAAGUGGAAAGCCAGCUCGGCAGCAGCGUCUGGCCUUGUCUGCCCCGAUCUGUAUUCGUAGGAUACGCUUUAGUUUAAGUACAUGUGCAUUAAUAAUUGUAAUCAACUGUCUACUAUUACGAUGGGUUCGGCGGUGGCAUCAGUUUUGUCUGGUUUCAACAAACGAUCUUGUAUAUCAUAGCGCACGGCGCACCCACACCCCACACACACACCUAGUCUUAACACCCGCACGCGCACUCAGAGGAUUAGUCGGGGGGUCAAUAGGUUAUAGCGAGGGAACACAGCUCACAACGAACAGCUUGCUCAAAUUGAAAAGGAACCACAGGCCUUAAAUGUGCAAAGAUCAACACUCAAUUUUGAAACAAUACAAUUUACCAUACCUAAUAUUUAAUUAUAAAUGAUAUAUAUAUAAAGAUACAUAAAUGUAUAUGUAUAUUUUAACUACAAGGAAUCAUUUUAUUACGAGACAUGUAUUUUAACAGAGAGGCGCUCAUCGGAGUAUUUUACGCCACUUUGGGUACGAGAGGUACCAAGCAGCAAAACGUUUUUUUAAGUCAACCAACUAGCGUUAGUCAACCGAAAGGGGUUCUAGUCCUAAAGCACACAUCUGAACUAAAUGCUCUGUCUGGCACAAGAAAUCGACGAUAAUAACUCGUAUUCCCUUCGCGGGGACUGGUUCUGCUCAAAUGCAAAAUGCAAAUGCUUAACUAGCAUCUAAGUUCUAUUGGUUGUUGAAAAGUAAAAGUAAAGCGAAAACUGAAAAUUUUAAAAUGUCAAAACUAUUUAUGUAUGUGAAAUAAAAACUGUCAAAGAAAUAAUAAA